GAAUUUUGUUCUGAUUUUUUCUCAGGUAACCGUUUCUCUCCAAUUCCUUAAUAUAAAUCCUUUCACCGGCAGCCGCCAACCAAAUCUCCCUUUCUCCGGCCGACUUAAACGGCGCCGUUUCCCUCCGCCCAUGGGGUCCCCGUACAGAGAUCGGACCGCCGAGUUCCGAUCACUAUCCCAAACGCUUCAAAAGCUCGGCGGAGGGAUCUCAACCGUCAAUCAUAAUAAUAAUCAUCUCCAAGACGACCACGUUUCUAAACUACUGCCGUCUCCAUCCUCCAGAUCUGAGUUCAAUAAAAAGGCUUCUUUAAUCGGGUCGGGUAUCCAUGAAACCUCUCAAAAGAUUGGUCGACUUGCUAAAUUGGCGAAAAGGUCAUCAAUGUUCGAUGAUCCGCUUGUUGAAAUACAAGAACUGACUGCUUUGAUAAAAACUGAUAUUACCACCUUGAAUAUGGCACUUUCUGAUUUACAAACACUUCAAAACAUGGAGAUUGCCGAUGGGAAUUACUCCGAGGAUCGAAUUGUUCAUUCGACGACUGUUUGUGAUGACUUGAAGAACAAGUUAAUGGGUGCUACAAAGCAUUUUCAAGAAGUGUUGACUGCAAGAACUGAGAAUAUUAAAGCUCAUGAAAAUAGGAAACAGUUAUUCUCCAAAAGUACAAUAAGAGAGAACCCGUUUCAACAUCAAACGAGAUCCGUAGCUGAGCCACCUCCUUGGUCUAGUUCUUCAAAGGUCCCCACGAGUUCACCACUGUUAGGACCGCCACCAAAUGGAGUUCAAGCUGGAAGCCAACUGAGACGAAGGCCAGCUGUGGAUGGCACGCCUUCAAACCACAUGGAAAUGCCUAUGUUGCAACAGGUAGUUCCCAGGCAAGAGGAAUACUCUCAAGGUAGAGCAGUUGCACUUCAAAAUGUCGAAUCUACAAUUUCAGAACUUAGUGGGAUCUUUACACAUCUAGCUACAAUGGUUGCACAUCAAGGAGAACUAGCUAUCAGGAUUGAUGAAGAUAUGGAUCAAUCAUUAGCUAAUGUCGAAGGUGCUCGUAGUGCUCUAUUGAGGCAUCUUAACCAAAUAUCAUCAAAUAGAUGGCUUUUAAUCAAGAUAUUUGCUGCAAUCAUCUUUUUUCUAGUGAUCUUCAUCAUCUUUGUAGCUUGAAGUGGUGACUUUGAGAUUCCGACGUAUACUUCUUAUAACCACAUGGCUUCGAGAUUCUUGUAAGUGUUACUUUGUCAUAUUUUGUAUAUUCAAUUGGCUCUGCCGUGAUUUUCAUAUGGUCCUAACUUGUAAAAAGUUGCAGGCAUCUAGCUAUGUUGAAAGUAGCAAAACUCCACCAUACCUUAGUGCUUGUAACCAUGCCAUCUUGUGCUUAAAGAGCUUGUUCGCGAUAAUUUGAUAUCAUGUCAUAUGAUUAUUAUAAUCCAAAAUGAUUCAUUUUCUUA